CAGCAAGCUGUGUGCCUGGGCAGCAAGCUGUCAAACUUGGCUAAACAAAAUGUUGAGUUACACACAAAAUACACAAGUCGAGCAAGCAAAACGGAAUUCGAAAGGUGAGGCAGCCGUAACAGCAGCAGUCACAGUUGCAGAAUGCUUACGGACGAGGCGCCACCGCCAUUGGAUCCCCAACAACCGGUGCUCUAUAUUGAAUGCUGUCAAAGUCAGGCAGAUUAUCGGCAUCGCGCUUUGGAACUGCAUUUGGGGCUGGCGGAGGCGCUGCGUGCCAUGAAUCCCGAGGUGCGACUUCAGUUGCGCCUCAACGAGAACAAUGCUGCACGUGAGGGCGCCUUUGAAGUGGCAAUUGCGGCCACGCCCACCGCAGAUGUUGACGCCCGCCAUAUGCUCUGGACGGGCUUGAGGCGAGUGCCCCAAUCGGCAAAGGUGCCCAAUGUCGAUGACAUCAUUGCGCCAGCCUGUCUGGUCCUGAAACUCCGGCACAGCCAGGCGGGCAGCAGCAGCAUCAACCUGGUCCGCACCAGCGAUGGCGAGAUCAGCAAAAUCAUCCAGCGACAUGGCAGACGCAGCUUGUAAUUGCCUCAGUUGCGGUUGCGGUUUCGAUUCCAAAUUAACAGUAGCAUCAAAUUAUUUGUACCAAUAAUGUCAUUCAUGUCAUUCAAAAUUAAUGGAAAUCCCAGCAAAAUAUAUAUAUUUAAUAUA